GCACUCCGCGGGAAACGUUUCCCAGAAGCUUCGGCAGUUGUCGCAACCUCGGUUCUUCGGGGCCGCGCUCGCCCUUAGGAUCAAGGGGACCGCUAGGCUAGUCGGGAAGCUCAGAGCAAACCGGAAGUGCCGCGCCCUCCGCCCAGAGCUCGCCGGGAAAUGCAGUCCCUCUGGGCGACCCAGGGCGGUGGCCGCGCGUCUCGCAGACACGGCGACGGCUCGGUCGUGAACACAGGAUGGCUGGGACGGGGGGUUCGGGGGGUCCCAUCGGGACCGGGGCCCUGGCGAGCGGCGCGCGGUCCAAGGUAGCCCCGAGCGUGGACUUCGACCACAGCUGCUCGGACAGUGUCGAGUACCUGACGCUCAACUUCGGGCCCUUCGAGACAGUGCACCGCUGGCGGCGCCUCCCGCCCUGCGACGAGUUCGUGGGGGCUCGGCGCAGCAAGCACACAGUGGUGGCCUAUAAAGAUGCCAUCUAUGUGUUUGGUGGAGACAAUGGGAAGACGAUGCUCAACGACCUCCUGCGGUUUGAUGUGAAGGACUGUUCAUGGUGCAGGGCCUUCACCACUGGGACCCCGCCAGCCCCCCGCUACCACCACUCAGCUGUGGUCUAUGGGAGCAGCAUGUUCGUCUUUGGGGGUUACACUGGGGACAUUUAUUCCAAUUCUAACCUGAAGAAUAAAAAUGACCUCUUUGAAUACAAGUUUGCAACUGGCCAGUGGACAGAAUGGAAAAUUGAAGGACGGUUGCCAGUCGCUAGGUCAGCCCAUGGUGCCACGGUGUACAGUGACAAGUUAUGGAUCUUUGCUGGCUACGAUGGCAAUGCCAGGCUGAACGACAUGUGGACCAUUGGCCUGCAGGACAGAGAUCUUACGUGCUGGGAGGAGGUGGUCCAGAGCGGUGAGAUCCCACCGUCCUGCUGCAACUUCCCAGUGGCCGUGUGCCGGGACAAGAUGUUUGUGUUCUCAGGGCAGAGUGGAGCCAAGAUAACCAACAACCUCUUCCAGUUUGAAUUUAAGGACAAGAUGUGGACACGUAUCCCCACUGAGCAUCUGCUUCGGGGCUCCCCACCGCCCCCUCAGCGGCGCUACGGGCACACCAUGGUGGCCUUUGACCGCCACCUUUAUGUGUUUGGGGGUGCAGCCGACAACACUCUGCCCAACGAGCUACACUGCUAUGACGUGGACUUUCAGACCUGGGAGGUUGUCCAGCCCAGUUCAGACAGUGAGGUCGGUGGGGCUGAGGUGCCGGAGCGAGCAGCCGCUUCUGAGGAGGCACCCAGCCUGUCCUCUGAGGAUCGGGGCGGCUUCAAGAAGUCCCGAGAUGUAUUUGGCCUGGACUUUGGCACCACCAACACCAAGCAGCCUUCCCCACCAGCCUCAGAGCUGCCCAGCGGAAGGCUCUUCCACGCGGCUGCUGUGAUCUCAGAUGCCAUGUACAUCUUUGGGGGCACUGUGGACAACAACAUCCGCAGCGGGGAGAUGUACAGGUUCCAGUUCUCCUGUUACCCCAAGUGCACGCUCCAUGAAGACUAUGGGCGGCUCUGGGAAAGCCGCCAGUUCUGUGACGUGGAGUUUGUGCUGGGUGAGAAGGAGGAGUGUGUGCAGGGCCACGUUGCCAUUGUCACAGCACGAAGCCGCUGGCUCCGAAGGAAGAUAGUACAGGCAAGGGAGCGACUGGCCCAGAAGCUGGAGGAGGAGGCAGCUCUGGCUCCCAGGGAGGCCUCUGGUGGUGCUGUGAGCGGGGCCCGGCUGCCACUGCUGCGUGUGGCCAUCCGAGAGGCCGAGGCCCGGCCCUUCGAGGUGCUCAUGCAGUUCCUCUACACCGACAAGAUCAAAUACCCGAGGAAAGGCCAUGUGGAGGAUGUGCUGCUCAUCAUGGACGUGUACAAGUUGGCGCUGAGCUUCCAGCUGUGCCGCCUGGAGCAGCUGUGUCGGCAGUACAUUGAGGCCUCCGUGGACCUGCAGAACGUGCUGGUUGUGUGCGAGAGUGCUGCCAGGCUGCAGCUGGGCCAGCUGAAGGAACACUGCCUGAACUUCGUGGUGAAGGAGUCCCACUUCAACCAGGUGAUCAUGAUGAAGGAGUUCGAGCACCUCUCAUCCCCACUGAUUGUGGAGAUUGUUCGGCGGAAGCAGCAGCCGCCACCCCGUGCCCCCUCAGACCAGCCCAUGGACAUCGGCACAUCUCUGAUCCAGGACAUGAAGGCAUACCUGGAGGGGGCAGGCGCCGAGUUCUGUGACAUCACGCUGCUGCUGGACGGACAUCCUCGGCCAGCCCACAAAGCCAUUCUGGCUGCCCGCUCCAGCUACUUUGAGGCCAUGUUCCGGUCCUUCAUGCCUGAGGACGGGCAGGUGAACAUCUCCAUCGGGGAGAUGGUACCCAGCAGGCAGGCCUUCGAAUCCAUGCUCCGCUACAUCUACUAUGGUGAGGUCAACAUGCCUCCCGAGGACUCGCUCUACCUGUUCGCGGCCCCCUACUACUAUGGCUUUUACAACAAUCGGCUGCAGGCAUACUGCAAGCAGAACCUGGAGAUGAAUGUGACGGUGCAGAAUGUGCUGCAGAUCCUGGAGGCGGCUGACAAGACACAGGCACUGGACAUGAAGCGGCACUGCCUGCACAUCAUCGUGCACCAGUUCACUAAGGUCUCCAAGUUGCCCACGCUGCGCUCCCUGAGUCAACAGCUGCUGCUCGACAUCAUAGACUCCCUUGCCUCCCACAUCUCCGACAAGCAGUGUGCAGAACUGGGUGCCGACAUAUGAGGACCCGGGUGGUGCCAGCCCAUGAAUGGAGAAUGACCAUGCUUGCCCUGUCCCCUGCAAAAACUGCCUGCAACGGAGUGGUCAGACCUGCCAGUGGAGGCACAGGGUGCACAGAGCCUCAGAAGAGAGCUGAGAGGACAUGGGGGGCUCCAAAUGCUCCAUUUCACUGCUGACUUGGGAGCCACAGGUCCCACAGAAAACAGAUGGUGAAAGAGGCCCCCUGGCCAGCACCCUCUCCUGGGGUAGAGGGACAGGUGGGAAGCUAGGGUUCAGUGAUGAGAGCAGACGGCGGGGGUCCUGGCCAGGGCCCAGCAGAGAGCCUGCCAGGGAGCUGGCUUUGGGGUCCCCACCUGGCAGGGAGCCAGCAUGGCUUGUGCAUCUGGCCAUAGUCAUGUUGCAAAGCUCUCUCCGGUGUGGGGGCCAUAUAGACCCCCUCACCCUCACCAAGGUUGGUGUGAGGGGCUGCACCUGUCACCUGGAGCUUGUGUGUAGGCAACAGUGAUGGGCAGAUGGUCUGAUUCGAGAUGAAUUUCUGUGCCCUUCAAGAUGAAUUUUGGGGUGUGAAGGGCCCUGAGGUCAGGUCCCAGCCCAAGGGUCAGCCUCUCUGGAUUGGGUCUGGAUUCCAGAAGGACUUUAUGAUCCUACAUACCUGUGUGUGUAUCAGGGCCUUGGACUGUGCCAAGGAGAGGUCAGCAAAGAUGCCUCCUCAGGCCCCUGUCCCUAAGUAUUAUUGUCAUAGACAUGCCUCCAUUAAAGCCACAGCAGUGGUCCCUACUACUCACACCUUCCUGGCUUCACUGGUGGGCUCUGGCCUCAGCCUUUGGCCCUUCCAAAGCUGUGGACUGGCCAUUUGGCCCAAUUGUUUGGGAUUAGUCAGUGUUCUCUAUC